AUCCCUACGCUCCGCGCAAGCGAUUGGCCUCACAUAAUGGCAUUAUCUCUAUCAACAAGAUUACUACCGAGGCUACGACCAAUCCUCCCCUCCACACGAACCAUCGUCAGCGCGGCGCCAAGACCACCACCAGAACAAUGGCCACAGCGCCAUCCCCUAGGGUCAUACUACGAAACCAUCCUCCUCAGCCCCUCAACCCAACCCGCCGACAAACCAGAAGUGCCGCCCAAGUCGGCAGACUCAAGCGUCCAAGAUAAAUUCCCCACGAAACAAGCCACACAAACACCAGAGGAAAAAGCGCGCUUGGUCUUUGGAUCGCGCGUGCUAGGCCAAGCAGAAAAAGACGAAAGAUUAGCCGCCCGAAAGGCAAAAGCGACUUAUAUUGCCGGCGUUCUCGUGCCGCCGAAACCCACCGAGCCGGAUAACUGCUGUAUGAGCGGGUGCGUCAAUUGCGUGUACGACCAGUACCGCGACGAACUAGAAGAGUGGCAGCUGAAAAACGCCCAAGCGCAGGCUGCGCUGCGAAAGGUGGAAGGCUCGGUCGAUUCUGAUGGCGGAGGCUCAGAGGCUAAUUGGGCUGCUGCGCCUUCGGUUGGACAAGCUAAGAUCGCAAAGGAUUUCUGGGAUGAUGAGCUUUAUGCUAAUUUGCCAGUGGGGAUAAGAGAGUUUAUGAAGACGGAGAAACAACUAAAGAAGAGGCAUGAGAGCGAAGGCUCUAAGGAGAGUUGAGCAAAACAGGGCUGGUCGGAUAAAAACAAGGGAAAGGGGACAUCGUUGGGUGGUGAGUUGCAUGCAUGAUAGAAGUUUAUAUAUACCCCGUGCAUUUCUUUGGGGGCGACUGAAUGGUUAGAUGAUAGACAUUACAUAAA